GCGAGUUCUUCAAGGCCGACGGAUCCGCUUUCAGUGCCGUCAUUUCCAUUUCUUCAUCCAUGAUGUUGUAACAACAGCACAACAUCACCCAACAUGACAACAGCCACUGCUGCCACAUCGGCAGCUAUCCCGUUGACGACGGUGUUUACACCCCCGGCCUCGUGCACAAGCGUGAAUUUGGUUUCUUCGGAUUGCUCGAAAAGUACCUGCGAUGGUCUGUACAACAUCGUCCAAACAACCGACACAAACUGUUAUCCCUCCGGAUGGGCCACAACAGCCACCUGGUUCUCACCAGGCUUAUAUUGCCCGACUGGAUAUACUGUGAAUGAUACCAAUGUUGUCACAAGUGGUUUGGGUAUUACAGAGACUCAAGCGAGAUGCUGUCCUUCAGGAUACGCCUUCGCAACUCAACUCCAAGCACCUUGGUGGACCCCCGAGCCCUGUACGAAGAUAAGCACCACGACCACCGUGCUCGAGUUCACUAUCCUCGGCGCAACCCCAACGACUACGACCGCAAUCACCUACAAAAACCCUAUCAUCCACGCAUACCCCAUCGAACUAAGAUGGCAAUCCACCGACAGCGUGGACGGAGGCGUGAAAAGUUCCGCCACGGUUGAACUAACAUCCUCCUCUGGAACCUCCGCGACAUCCACAUCUACCUCCACAGGAGGCGCAUCCACAUCAACCGGUCUCUCCACAGGCGCGAAAGCAGGUAUCGGAGUCGGCGUCGCAGCAGCAGCUAUCAUCGCGAUCAUCCUCAGUCUCCUCUUCUGGGUUCGACGGAGGAGAAACCAAAAGGCUGUGUCUACGCUGCCCUCGGCUGGUCACACCCGCGGUGGGUCCAUAUUCAAGAAGACGCCUCAACAGGAGCCCGUGGAGCUACCUACUUACACGCCGGAAUUACAUGGGAGUUUUUCACCGCACUCCGAGUUGGACAGUAGUGAUCGAGGCUUUAGUGAGCGCGGUUAUAGUGAGCAUGGACAUAGCGAGGAGCGCGCAGCGAGUUUGGGCAGAUUGAGAGUCAGAUGCAACGGAGUCCCAGGGCGUGAGUCGGACCUCGAGGUAGUCCUCCAAGCAAGAUCUUUUUCUGUGUGCAUUACGGCUGGAUUUAUUCAUCAAGGCUACCCCCUUCUACAGAAUAGACGUUUAUAG